ACUCGUGACGUGUUAAUUUUCGAGUGUUUACCAACGAUAAUUGACAAUGGGAUUGAGCAAUUAGCCGAAUCAUUCUCACGCAACGAAUGUUUAUUGUUUAUUCACAAGCAUCACCAAGUGAUUUAACUCGAUUGACGAUGGAAAAAUGUGUUUUUCUCAAGAAACUUCAAUUUAUUCCCUAGACUAAUUUUUCAUUCUCAAAUAAUUUUGGACUCCCAGAUAACGAGUAGUGUCAUGCCCCCGUACAUCUGCAAUUACAAUGAAAAUUAUACGACAUGUACAGAGUCACAGUACUACAAUCAGUCUCCCAGAGUCCACAGAAAUAGAUGGAACCGGAACAACCGAAGCCGAAAUCAAUCCCGACCCUUCGAAUCCGGAUAUUCCUUGGAUCCCCAUUUCCCCUGCGUCUCUCGAGAAAUUCGCGAGAAGUGGCUAAUAAAUUUAACCGAGGAAUACAUCCCCGACGACGUCCUGGACGUCGCCUGUCUGGGAAAAAAAUUCGGUGUACCCAUAAUCCGAAAGAAGGAUAUCCCAGUGUCCAAUAUAAUCGCGUCGAUAGAAUCCAACAUGAAUAUAAUCGAAAAGGAUCAGCGAAACGCUAUCCGCUCGAUAUGUGUGGAUGUAAUUUCGAAUUUUCUACGGCAAAGGGUCACCCCGAGGUUUCCCCAGCUCCUGGAGAAGGUGAAAGCGGCUAAAAUAUUCAAGAUAUCUCACCCGGAUAUAAUUUUCCUCAAAGCUGAUAAGGGAAAUGUCACAGUGGCUGUCAACAAGAAGUUCUACGUCUCGAAGAUGUCGGAAUUACUCGGGGAUUCUUUCACCUACAGAAUCAUUCGAUCCGAUCCCACCCUGGAUAUCCAGAAAAAAGUCAAUAAACUCCUGGUGAAGUGGUAUAAAAACAAUUUUAUAAAUGACGCUGAAAAAUCGAGACUCUGGUCGAGAAAUGGUCACAUCGCCCUGUCAUACGGUCAGCCGAAGAUCCACAAGAAGAACAUCCCCUUCAGGAUGAUUGUCUCCUUCAUAGGCACCCCCACGUAUCGCCUAGCUAAAUACAUCCAGAGAAUUCUAACUGAUUGCAUAAAGGAGGAAAUAAAAUCUUUCACCUCGAAUAAAGUGUCAAUAACGAAUAGUUUAUCGCUGGUAAAAAAAAUCAGAAGCCUCCACCUCCCCGAGGACUUUGCGAUGAUCUCCAUGGACGUGAUAUCUCUCUUCACGAAUAUUCCCUUGGCCCUCGUGAUUUCGGGUAUAAAAAGCCGCUGGAAAUUGUUAAAAAAAUACACCAAGAUAAAUCAGGAGCUAUUCAUCGAGGCAGUCAUCCUCUGCUUCAACGCAUCAGCCUUUCAGUUCAAUGGAAUAAAAUAUCAACAGGUUUUUGGAGCUGCCAUGGGCUCACCUUUGUCACCAAUCAUCGCUGAGAUUGUUCUCCAGGACCUGGAGAAUUUCUGCAUGAAGAAACUCGACUUCCCAGUGUAUUUCUACACCAGGUACGUCGACGAUGUCCUCGCGUUUGUCCCCAAGGAUCGAAUUCAAUCAAUUCUCUCCUGCUUUAAUUCCUAUCACAAGCGUCUCCAGUUCACCCUCGAGAGGGAGGAAAACUGCCGGAUUAAUUUCCUCGAGGUGACGCUCAUCAGGAAUAAACGGAUGAUCGACUUCGACUGGUACAGAAAACCCACGUCCUCUGGACGAUAUCUCAAUUAUUAUUCUCAUCAUCCCAAGGGACAGAAAAUUUGUACGAUUUAUAAUUUGAUUGAUCGAGGUCUUUUACUCUCGAAUUUGGAGUUUCAUCUCAAGAAUUUAACGUACAUCCAGGAAUCGCUUGUACAGAAUGGAUAUCCUCGGAAGCUGGUGCUCAGGGCUGUGAGCAGACGUCAGGCACUUGUUCUCAAUCCUAAGAAUUAUUAUUCCGAUGAUUUCCGCAGGCACAGGAGAAUUAAUGAGCACAGGUGGGUCACUCUGCCCUACGUCGAGGGCCUCUCGGAGACUCUCCAGUCUAAUCUCCAGGGGUUUAGAUUCUCUUUGAGCUUCAGAAAUGACAGCAAUCUCCGUUGGCUCUUCACUGGUCACAAGGACAAGUUGCCGAGGGAGAAUCAACUCAACACUGUCUACAAAAUUUCGUGUCUCGAGUGCAAGUUCAUCUUCAUCGAGCACACGAAACGAUCCCUCGGGGACAGGAUUAAGGAGCACUACCUCAGUCUCCGACAGCCUCACAAUUUUCCAAUAUCCAAUCGAUUGACCGAGCAUGCCUUUCGAUACGCCCACGAUUUCGAUUUCAAAGGUGUCGAGGUACUCGCUGUCGAGGGUAAUUACGAAAAGAGGGAAUUGCUGUCUCUUAUUUACAAAGAGCGCUAUUUACCGCAGAUCGAUGGAUCUGGGGACAGAAUUUCUGAGGUCAGCAUCUACUCAGGAUUAUUUAAUCCUUGAAUAUAGGCUACUGAAUUUUUGAAAAAUUUAUUGGAAUCUAAGAGAGAUAAUCGAGUUAAAAUUUAUUCAUGUCAAGGAGUUUGAAAUGAUUUAUGAAUUACCGUGGAAUUUCGAGAGCUUAUGCAUGGACUCAUCAGAUUUAUUGGUUGUGGGUUUUUGAGGGGGUGGACGCAUGAAAAAAAUUCAUAGAAAAAUAUAGCGGUUUUUUUGAGAAUUCAUUUAUGAUUGGAGAAAAUUAGAUUUUACCACUCGAAUAGUGAUCUCAUUAAAUAUUUUUAUCAAAGCCUCUAGGUUUUUCUGUUAAUUAUAUUUCUACGUUUACCCAAGGCUAAUGAGUCCGCGGACAUGAUUAAUGCUCUCAGCAAUAUUUAUGUGUGAUAUUAAUUACGAAAUUGAAUAUAAUAAUUUAUAUUGGCUGUUGAUUAAUAUUAUAUAUUAAAUUAAUAUAAUC